CCAGGGCGGAGGUGCCGGCCGCUAUAAGAAGGCGUCCUCGUGGGCACUGCUGCCACCGAGACCUGCCUGCCCCUGCCAGCCGCCACCAUGCUGACCGCCGACGACAAGAAGCUGAUCCAGGCCAUCUGGGAUAAGGUGCAAGGCCACCAGGAGGACUUCGGAGCCGAGGCCCUGCAGAGGAUGUUCAUCACCUACCCCCCGACCAAGACCUACUUCCCCCACUUCGACCUGAGCCCCGGCUCCGACCAGAUCCGCGGCCACGGCAAGAAGGUGGUGAACGCCUUGGGCAACGCCGUCAAGAACAUGGACAACCUCAGCCAGGCCCUGUCCGAGCUCAGCAACCUGCACGCCUACAACCUGCGUGUCGACCCCGUCAACUUCAAGCUGCUGUCGCAGUGCUUCCAGGUGGUGCUGGCUGUGCACCUGGGCAAAGAAUACACCCCCGAGGUGCACUCUGCCUUCGACAAGUUCCUGUCAGCUGUGGCUGCCGUGCUGGCUGAGAAGUACAGAUGAGCUGCUGUCCACACCUGUGUGCCAUCAAUAAAGACACUUUUGCUGCA